CAGAAAUACGGUUGGUCCAAUAAUGCAUAUCAACGGGCAUCAUUGGAUGCAAUUAAAAAGAAAACCGUAAUAUAACAAACAACUAAAUAAAUAACUUCACAGGUACAAUUCGCCAGUAACCAUAGCAACGCAGUCGAAGCGUAAAUCAAAGUAAGCCAGCGUUAACCGUAAAUUAAUCAGCACCGCUAAAUCCAAAGAUCUCCAAAUGUUUUAUGUUGUGGUUGAUUCAUCAGUUACGUCUUUCAUCAACUCUAUCGCUAUUUAAAUCGGUAUUCAUCGUACUGCAUAUUGUUUAAAACGGAAACAGACAAAUCCAUAACAUACAAUGCCCAGGUGACUUCACGUAAUGCACCUUUACUUCAGUUGGAAAUAAAUCAGACAGCGUAAACAAUUAACUCCAGUUACAUCAAACAAUAUUAACAAUGUCUGUGCCACAAAACUCCAGCUGCUCGUCUUUAAUAAUAGAAGACAGAUGUUCGACGCGGGACAUUUUGAUUUCUGAGAGCGAUGAAAGGUUUUUCCGAUCGCUGGAUGAGUUUAUCGAACAAGAGAAGCGGUUCCUACGGGGAUCCGGAGAGGAACCGGCCCGCUUCUCCAUCUACAGCUGCGUCUUCGAUAAGGUGAUCGGACGAGCGACGGCCUACAAGAGACUUCUGCUGACCAUAAAGGCCGAGUACGAUGACGUAAUCGGGACGCUGCAGAGGAGGCAGGACGAGGCCAAGGCGGCUCAGAGGACUCUGGCGGCCUCCACGUCACACUCAGAGUCACUGAUGAGCUGCCAGAGACGAGCCGCCCAACUCAGGGAGAGAAUCUGUGUAAUUCACAAGGAAACAGCAGAACUUCAAGAGGAGAUGAAGAGACAGAAAUCAUCUCAAGAGCAGUGCACAUGGAUACCUGGUCUGACUGUGGGCGAAUCAGCGGACCCGGAGGCUCUGGACGGUCACCUGAAGCGCCUGGAGUCCCACAGGGCUGCUUUACUGGAAAGGAAGAGUCACCGCGUCUCCUUGAAGGUCAAAGCCGAGCUGGACGGCAAGCUGCAGAGACUCAAGGACCACAGAGACCAGCUGAGCACCAAGAACAUCCGGCUGAAAGUCCUAUACAAGCGUCUGACGUCAGUGUCCGACCGUCUGUCCAGCUGGGAGGGCGACAAUCCGCAGGUUCCUCUGGAGAAGCUCUUGGGUUCCAUGCUGGAGAACAUCAGACAGAGCAGCGUGACGGAGGAAGAAGGUCGCUUCAUCGACGCCAACUUGUUCGAGCACGAAGAGCCGACCGGAGUCGACGAGUCCAAACUCCUGGAGGAAUACCUGAGCAGGUUCAUUGAGCUCUUUGAUUCAGCUGAGUACGAGGAAGCUGCUCUCCACGCCGCCCGGUCUCCUCGAGGAGUGCUGAGGAACCUCGACAUCAUGGAGAUGUUUCAAGAUGUGAAGGGGGCCCCGGGCUCCGCCCCCCCUCUCUUCCUCUUCCUGCAGGCCCUACUGGUGACCCUCCCAGCCGGCGAGAAGCUGCCGGCGGCUCUCUCCCUGCAGCUCGUCCGCAGCUCCCUGCAGCAGGGCGCCACGCGGCUCAUCACCCACGCCGUCAACUACGACAAACUGACCUUCUCUGAGGAUGUGGGCGACACCCUGACUGAGCAUGCUCAGGAGAGCCCCGUCGUGGCUGACCUUUGUCUGGCGCUGGCCACCACCGUCUACUCGGCCUGCGGGCUGGACAGGAAGACCGCACUGACCAUCUGCAGGAGGGGCUUCAUCCACAGCGCCGCAGAGUUCAUCGAUCACAGCCAAGACCUCACAGCUGACGACUGUCUGUGGGUUCUGUACCGCUCGCCCAGCCUCGCCCUCCUCCAGCUGUUGACAACACCUCAGCCGGGGCGGGCGGCCAUCUUGUCGAUGGGCGUGGCCUGUUCCACUCUGCUGGCUGACCCUCUGCAGCAGCAGCUCGCGCUGCAGCUCCUGGACAGCUUUGUCGGCGAAGGGCGAGGGGGUUUGGAGGAGGUGAUCCUGCAGGACAGCAGCUCUUCAGUGGACGAGUGGACUGUCGUGACGUCUCUGUGCACCGAGCUGAACCGGGCUGACCUGAGCCAGGCCGUUCUAUCCAUUCUGCUCGACCAGAGUGGCACCGGAGUCAUGAGCCCGGACCCGGAGGGAGCCCGGCUCAUGGAGCACGUGUUCCUGUGAGAACCGAGCCUGAAAGGUAGAAUAAUCACAGACAGCAAAAAGAUGAUGCUGGCUAUAUCAGUCAGCCAAUGACGAGGUCAUAUGCACAGUCUAUAUUGAACUAAACUAAAGUCCCACGUUGCACAAAAGAGGAUCGACAGAAUGAGAAGACUCAAAACUGGACUUUUGUCAUGUGUCAUCUGUUUGGUACCAUUAUGCUGUGCACAUUUCGAUUACGCCCAUCAUAGUCACGUGAUCUCCUAAUCUAGGAGACCUUUGACCUUUGAUCUUUGCUUGGUUUCUGUGGGAUGACUCAGGUAAAAGUCUGAAGUAGUGGCGGCUGACGGCCAGCAGGGGGCGAACAGAUUCACAAGUGGAGAUUAAAGUGGCCUUAAAGCCUAAAACAGGGAGGAAGCAGCAUAAUCUCAGUUUAAUUAUAUAAAUUUGUCAAUUUUCCUAUUGUACUACAAGUGACCUUGAGAGCAGUAAAUAUCUAAGUACUUGCUCUUCUUGUUUUACACAGGUAGCUUAAGUUAUCAUGUAAUAAUGCAUCAUGUUAUAUCUUAAAUACAAUCUGUUAUGACAUAAAAAUGUCCAAAUAACAUUGUAAAUUUCCGAAAACAAAAAUUCAGCCAUUGAUUUGAUUGAGGUGAGAGUUGAAAGGUCAGCGAGGCCCAACUAAACCUAGAGACCUCCUCCGUCUCUCUCUGGUGUCGGCUGACUGGAACACACAUUUAACUUCGGCCGUGAGGUGGCGCGACUCCCACAAUCACCCUUUAUUCUUAUAACUAGAAUAAACAUUUAACCCGUAAUCUCGCUAACAUAACCAGUUUAACUCUAAUCUGAACCAAUAUGUCCUCAUAACAAGUGCAGCAGGUCACGAGUCCUCACAAGUCCAACUAACCUGACAACACGCACUCUUAGCGGGUCAGACAGAAGAGGCUUUGUGUCGUCUGUAGGCCUCGAUCUGUGAGCGAAGCCACACACACAGAGACACACACACAGACACACAGACUGAGCAAAUGCACUCCCACUGGUCUACAAACUGAGGCUGACUGUUUACCCAGCAUCCUCUGUGUUCCCUCUCCGCUCACAUGUCAAAUUUAGGAAAUCCAGCUUGGAUUGAGCUGUAAAAUCACAUUGGGGGAAACAUGCGCCGUCUGGAGGUGAUUCAGAGUUUAUCUCUCUUGAGCUGCGUGGAGAUGCCGCAUUCACCUCUCCAAACACUCUUUUUACCUCGUGCCAGUCUCAUCUCUGUUGGUGCUGGUCCUCUCAGCCCUGCUGGCCGGCACCCUCCUGAGGUCAUAUAAUGCUUUAGGGUAACUUUCAUUCAACAAACAAACCCUUCCAAAAUAAAUGUCUCAUUGAUGUACCGAGUGGGAGGUCUUUAAAGAAACCACCACCACUGAUAUACUUGUAUUUUAGUACAAAAUGUAAUCAACAUGUUAUUUCUAAGAAAGCCUUCGGAUGUUUACGACGCCCCCUAGAUUGAAAACAUUAUUAGACAAGUAACACAGUAGUUAUAUUUACGCUUCAAUGUUUGUAUUUACAGACUGUGUGUUUCAUGGAGGAGAAAUAUUUUCUAAAGGAACGUGUAUAUGAAGAGCAGAAGAAAGACGGGAGAUGCAAAGAUUUAGUGCUGACUCACAACUGCUUGGCUCCAUUUACAACAUAUUGAUCCCCUGCUGUGUGUGUGUGUGUGUGUGUGUGUGUGUGUGUGUGUGUGAUGCUGGUCCGGCCAUGACACAGCUUCUUUAAUUUUCAAACCCCACCUUCCUUCUCUCUCGGAUGAAAAAACGAUACGUUCACAACCGUGUGUGUGGAUGUUUGUGAUGAACUGAAGGAUGAAAUGUUCCUCUAUGUGUUAAGAAAAGAGUCCCACUUCGUUUGGUAAAUAAACAGUUUAAAAGUGUU